AUGGCCCUCCGUGGGUCUGCCAAAGGUGAGCCAUCACCACCGAGGACCCAACAUGUCGUUGUCAUUGGUACUUGUGAACCACUCCGAUUCCUGGCUCAUUCACUGCCUCUCCAGGUGUACGCAGAAGAGGCAGCCAUGCGUAAUCCCCGAGAUGCGACCGCGAACACGCAGGAAGAAAGGCAAGUCUACGAGCGAAGGAUCGAACAGCUCGAGCGACAUGUCGAGAGAGUCAUGUCAAUUCUCAAAAAGCCCACUCCCGACGUCAACCUGUCUGUUUCGACGGCCUCACAGACAACUCAACCACCUCAGCCAUCCUUGAAUUUACCUGCUUCUUAUCCUCCGGCGGACGUCAUAAGUGAGAACCUCAUCACGUUCGGGGAAGCAGAGGUCCUUCUCAACGAAUAUCGAAAUGAAUUAGCCGAGAACUUUCCAUAUAUCAUCCUACCAGAGUCGACAUCACUAUCCAGCCUCCGUCAAGCCAGUCCCAUGCUUCUCCUGGCCAUUCUUGUUACGGCAUCAUGGAAAAACCAGGGGCAACAAGAAGUUUUGAACGAUGCAUACCUGAGAUUAAUGAGCUCCAAAUUGAUCAUUGAAGGUCGGAAAGACUUAGACCUUCUCCAAGGGUUGAUGGUCUACCUCACCUGGAUCCAUUUACACUACGUCCCCAAGACGCAGCAGGUAUACAGGCUGGUAUCUAUUGCCGCUGCCAUUGCCGUCGAUAUUGGUAUAACUCGUCGGCCUGGAAAGGGUCAACAUCAACAGAUGACUGUGGAGAAUACCGUGGUCGUGCCUACAGGUUUGACUGCUCUAAAUUCCGAGUUUUGGAACCGAGAGGCUCAGCGUGCCUACCUCGGCUGCUACCACAUGUCAACUUGGUAUUCUGUCCUCACGCGCAAGACUAGCUUUCUUCCGUACAAUGACUACAUGCUUGCGUGUGCGCGAUCGCUUGCAUCUGCAAAGGAAGUUCCCUCCGACGCCGAGCUGAUUUAUAAAAUGGAAUUCACUCGUGAGGCUGAAAGAGUGUAUAGCAUGUUCAAUUAUUCUGAAACCAAUCAACUUCAGAAUAUGAGCGAAGAGCAUAUGCAAGUAUAUCUCAAUACCUUCUCCGCAGAGAUUAAUGAAUGGCGAGCACGACUACCUUCUUCAAUGGUCGAAGAUCCCGGUGCACAAUUAUGGCCCAAAAUUUUUGGAGCCUUUGUUCGCGAAAUCGGACUGCAUGGCAUAUCCAGAAAUCUCGAAUUGUCAGUCAGCCGCAUUGCGAUACUCCUCGAUAGCCUCACGCACGCAAAGAGCUAUCUUGAUACAUUCUUGACGAUCCCUGUCGACCGCUUGGCCGGUUUCACAUCCACCCAGUGGACCUUAUUGCACUAUUCCAUGUUGCUCGUCACAAAUAUUUCGCUUGUGGCGCAAACUCCGGUUUGGAACAUCGAAACAGCCAGAUCCAUCAUCAAGCUCGAAAUGUACAUAGACGUGGUCUCUAUCCGCUUAAGAGAACUGUCUUCCCGAAUCACCCCAGUUGAAGGACGCUCUAAUUGGUAUGGUGGUUUGCUUUUGAGGUGGGAAGCAAUGAGGACACGGUACUUGAUGGGCCUUCAACAACGACAGCAACCAGAAAUGGACACUCAAUCGUCCCCUGUGCAAACAGGGGGGUCUCAGACCAUGGGCGUUUUGAGCUAUCAGACGCUCACCCCUCACGUCUGGUUGGGUCCUUAUCCGUACCAGGCCACUGACGGCGGGUUUAUCCCUGCGCCUGGGUUCGAACUCCUUGACUUUGAAAGCAACUUUGGCUCUUGGGUGCUCUCAAAUGGUACGCCUUCAUUACCCGAAACGGUCCAUUUUUGA